AUGACCGACGGACGCGGGCAUUUUGUUUCACGGUCGCUCAAGAACACCAAGAUCCCAAACGCGGCCAUGAUCAAGAUUGUCAAGCAAGAUCACACGCUCGGGAAGAUGAUCCGCGCUGAGCUCCUCGCCUCGCCACAAGUCCUCGCCGCCGGUCUAGCGAGUGCCGCAUCUGCUCCAGCCCACAUCCUCAGCGAGCUCCGACAGAGGGAGCAUGACGCCGAUGGCCAUCAUGGAGUCUGCGUACACCCACCAAGCUCAUGGGUGCGUUCUGCCUCGGAUUACACGGCACUUGGGGUGAUAUGCGACGUGCCCGACGGAUGCGCGUGGCGGCUUGCUCGACGGACGCGGGCAGGAGGCUUCCUCGACGGACGCGGGUGGCUUGCUCGACAGACGCAGGCGGUUUGCUCGACAGACGUGGGCGGGCGGCUUGCUCGACGGACGCGGAUGGCUUGCUCGACGGACGCGGGCGGCUUGCUCGACGGACGCAGGCGGUUUGCUCGACGGACGCAGGCGGUUUGCUCGACGGACGCAGGCGGGCGGCUUGCUCGACGGACGCGGAUGGCUUGCUCGACGGACACGGAUGGCUUCCUCGACAGACGCGGGCAGGAGGCUUCCUCGACAGACGCGGGCCGGAGGCUUCCUCGACAGACGCGGGCCGGAGGCUUCCUUGACGGACGCGGGUGGCUUGCUCGACGGACGCGGAUGGCUUCCUCGACAGACGCGGGCAGGAGGCUUCCUCGACGGACGACGGACGCGGGUGGCUUGCUCGACAGACGCAAACGGUUUGCUCGACAGACGUGGGCGGGCGGCUUGCUCGACGGACGCGGAUGGCUUGCUCGACGGACGCAGGCAGGAGGCUUGCUCGACGGACGCGAACGGCUUGCUCGACGGACGCGGAUGGCUUCCUCGACAGACGUGGGCAGGACAGGCGGCUUGCUCGACGGUUUGCUCGACAGACGCGGGCAAGGCGGCUUCCUCGACGGACGCGGAUGGCUUGCUCGACGGUCACGAAUGGCUUGCUCGACGGACACGGUGGGCUUGCUCCAAACUACCACACCUGCAUCUGCAAUACUCAGUAAACCAUUAGCAUCUUAG